CAGCUGUCUCGGCCCACCCCGUCAAGCUGCUCCAGCAAAACUAAAUCAAGACCCCUGCAUACCUCUAACAUUCCAUCCAUCCCAUCCAUAUAUCAUAUAUCCCACUUUUGCUCGGACGAACGACGACGACGAUAGAUAAGAAGACCCUCGAUUGACCCAACACUUCCCUCCCAUCGCAUGCCAUCAACCUCAACACAGCACGGUCAUCUGACCUCGAGUCGUUCUGCCCCCAUCCUGGAGGCUAGGCUAGGCUAGGUCAGGUCUCUUGACCAGCAUGGCCGCCUCGUCUCAGUUUGGCGUCUUGAAGCCAUUGCAACGUAGCAAACAUCGUCAACCUCCCUUGCAAGGACCACAGCAUCAACCGCAUUAUGGCGAGUUCAACUUUCCACCGAAUCCUUCGCCGCCGAUACCUUCUCCAUCGCAUCAGCAGCAACACCUCCAACAUCAUCAUCAUCACCACCACCACCAACAAUUACAUCAACAGCAACAUGGUCGCAUCCCGACCAUCGCCACCGUCCCACCUACUACUACUGCUCCCAAUUAUGCCCCCAAUGGCACCAUACAUCCUCACCUCCAGUCGCAAUCUCACCAUCCUGUUCUGAAUGGCCUUGCUAGUGGUCCUCCUCCACCCCGACAGCUUCAGACGAUGGCUUCCAUACCCGCCAACUUAUCUGCGAUAGCAACCGCGCCAGCUCCAAUACCUGCCACAGAUAGACCUGAUUCUCAACUCAGCCACCCUACCGCUGGUCGCCCAAGCAAGCGUCGUCGUAGUAGCGACAACAAUGACGCCGAGCCUGUCCGUGCGCGUUCCCCGCGCGUCCCCGGCACUCCACGCCCGCAUCACGUCCAUCCGUUUCACAAGGGACCCUACGAGACCCUCAAAGAGGCCAUAUACGAGCUCCAACGGCAUGUCUUCACCUCGGGCUAUGGCGUAUCGCAGAAGCGCACCGUCAAGGAGAAGCUACCUUCGGGAAAAUAUGACCCUGACGGCGACAUCAUCCGAAAGGACUUUGCUUGCGACAAGGGUGGUAACGAGUUCGUGUCGCACUCACGCGGGGAGCGUCGUCGCGAGUCCAAGAAAUGCGGCUGUCCCUGGAAGGCAGCUGUCCGACGUUUAAGACGCGAAGGCGAUCGAUGGUUCAUUGAAAUCCUUGAGUCUAAUCACAAUCACCCCGUCACCCCACCUGACGACAUGCACACCCUCGCCUCGUAUCGUCGCUGGCAACGCGACAACAAUGCUGGUCUGCGGAUGGUUAUUGACCGCCUCACUUAUGCUGCUUCCCUGCCGGCACGCGACAUCUCUGCCUAUCUCAAAGGCGAAUUCCAAGACCGCGAUCUCGAUCGUAUCGACGAGCAGAUAUUGCGCGCCCUCAGCAUGAACGACAAGGAGCUUCCCGGUAGUGAGAAAGAAAGCGGUUCCGUGGGUUUCGAAGUCUUAGCUAGGCGGCCUGUUAUUAUUCUUCAGGACGUUGACAAGACGGUUACUAAUGGUGACCCGAAUAGGUCAAAUACACCUAAUAAUGCGCCACCUGCUCCCAUGGACGACGGUAGCUUGCCAAAGGAUCUAGCUAAAACAACUACGCCUACAGCUACGACUCCUCCUCUCAACGAGUCGCCGGUCACUAGCCGUCAAACAAUCCCCGGCAACCUCAUAAACCACUCACCCAAUCCUCCUCCGGCGGCCCCACCUUCUGGAUCCCAAGUAGAUGGGGCAACGGAUAAGGGGUAAUUCACAGACCCUUAGCAACCUAAUAUAUAUGAUAUAACAACUCGGAAAGGAACGAAUUUUCAUUCAUAAGCAGAUAAGCGAAUUGAUAUGGCGCAGAGGCAGGCAGGCGAAUGAUUUCAACCCUAUUAUUUAUUUAUCCAUCCAUCCAUCCACAGACGCGGCAUUAUCGCAUUUAUACAGUUUUGAACUGUACUGAUACCAUACCAUAUCAUAUCAUGUCAAAGAAGGCGUUCAUCAUCAGUCAAAGCUUGCGUGGGCUUUGUCUUUGCUUUACUUUUGGAGUUAUGAGGAGGUUAUCUAUACUGCAUUUCUGGCUUUCAUUGUAUUGGUUUGGUGACUCAUUUUGGGAGCAAUGAUCUGGCGAGGCGCCUUGGAAGGGAAAAAAGGGUUAGCCUGCCUGGGCUUGGGAAAAGGGAGGAGAUUUACGGGGAAAAGAGGUUUAUAUCAGGGAUAUAGCUCAGUCCUCCUAGGUGAAAUAUGAGUAGAGAAGAUAAGCGUUGAGUCAAUCGACGCUGAAGGUACGGAUACAUGGAUGGCGCACAUUAGGUCCUGAUAUACAUAUGUAUCUCGGCCCGGGCCAAGUAUACAUUUAAUUUACCUACCUACCUACUUUAGCCAGCAGGACGGGACGGGACGGGAUUAUGUACAUGGUCUAACUUACCCUACAUACAUGAGUGCAUACAUACAUCAUGUGCAUGCAUGCUGUGUAAUGGAUAGGUGCCAU